GAAAGGAUUGUUUUUACUACAUUUCUAAUAACCUUGAUAGCGGCUGCAACAACCUCGUUGUAAACAAACAAUUCAUGUCAACACAAUAUUGAGCUAAGCUUUUUUGUUUUACAUUGUAUAAAACGGUUUUAUGCUGAAAUUGUCCACUAAAUAAGAACACCGGUUUGUUGUAGUCUUUCAGUAUUGCCGGUCGUCUAGCCUCCAGCUGUUCCAGGGAUUCCAGUCGUUGUAGGAAAGAAGGCUUACACAAAACAGAGCUCUAAUCACAUCAAUACAGGUCACCAUGGCAAACCAGUACGGCGCGAACCGCAACCUCAUGAAGCAAACCUGCAACAAGAACGUUGGCAGCAAGGUGGAAAUUUUGAAAUGGAGCCAAGAGAUGGAUUUGCUAGCGUUCGGCACCGAAAAGGGUGAAGUGUUGCUGCAUCGGCUAAAGUGGCAAAAGGUGUGGCAACUGAGCCCACCGGAAGAAGGGCUAAAGGUGCGCGGCAUCGCGUGGCGACCGUGCGAAAAGUUCAUCGCAAUAGGCUACAGCAAUGGAACUGUGCUACUAAUCGAUCUGGAAACGAAGGAAGAAAUUCAUAGCUUCUCCGUUCAGACGGACAUUACGUGCCUGUGCUGGACAGAGAACACGGAUGAAAUUGAUGCCGACGACGUUAGCUACAAUGCGGUGACGAGCCACACAAAGUAUCUGCCAGAGCUGCCCGUACUCAGCUCCCUGUCCUCCUCGGCAAAGCCUCUAAAUCCAAACAGAAGCAGUUACUGCACCAAACACAUCUUGAGCAUUCUUCUGAUCGGCACGACAACCGGUCAGGUGCAUCUGUCCGCUCUCGGUAUGCUCGCCUGUGGAAGUAUCGAUGUGUUUGGCGCACUCGGUCUUUCUGCCCCAUCUUCGGCACGCAUUCGCGAAACAAAGAUGAGCCACGACUUUAAGCAGCUGAUUGUGGGAAUAGAGCAAGAUGAAACGCUUAGCGUGAUCGUGCUGGAGAACGAUGUACUGUACAAAAAUGCUCCCGCGAUGCUUAACCUCGCGCUGAAGCACGCCCAAAUACUCAACACAAUGUCGUACAUGAACGAAACGAUCGAUUGUAUCGUUGAAGCAUGGGAAACGGUACUGCUCGAGAUGGACAACAAGCUCACAAACUACGCCAAAGACCAACCGGAUGGGUCGAUAUCGGCCGACUUCCUUGAACUGCUCAUGUUCGGUACUGCUUCCCCUUCGCUAGAACAGUUCCUGCUGCGAGAUCUCACCGAGAAAGGGCUCCGCAAGCUGGGCUACAGCAUCGAGCUAAGCUACGUCACCAUUCAGCGACUCGUAGUGAAACCGCUCUACACCGCCAUCCACGCCAUGUUCUACCAUCUGAACACGCUCGAUGGAAUGCUCCGGAAUCGGUUCUACUACGGUACGCUAAUGCGCGAUUCGGCCACCGCUACGGAAGUGGUACGAAGCUGUGGAGCGCUGCAAAUCAAAGCACACGAGCUGCAGCAAACGAUCGAUGCGUCGAAGCGAGACUUUAAAAUAUUCUUCCGCUGGCUGUACGUCGUUAUCGUGCGCGUAAUGGACGAAACGUUGCAGGAAAAUCAUCCCACCAUCACGCAGCGGGAGAUUCACUAUUUGGCACAGUUUUUGAGCAACUUCGAUACGGCCGCACAAAGCACCACCGCCGAGGAAGGUCGGAUGGAAACUCGCCGGAAGUUCAACCUCGAACGGGUUGGUCAGUACCUCGAGGAUAAACCACUGAUCCGCCCCAUGGCAAAGGAUGAUGAGAACGGAUGGAAGCAGCUGCUAGAGCAAAACGAAUGUUUGCGCAAGUGUGACGCUAUAUAUCCGCACCACGAAAAUAUGUCCCUGCUGCAGCAGCAGAAGCUGCUGAAGAAGAACAUUGACCAGCUGUUCGAGCAACCGGGAAAGGUGGUUGGAACGGACUUUAAGCAGAAGAACCUGCUCACGGUUCAAGCGGCGAACGGGUCGAAUGUACGUUCGUUUGCAUUCGUAUGCCAUCCGCGCGAUCACCUAACACUGCUGGCAAUCGUGCAAUCGAACCGCAGUCUGCUGUUAGCGGAGUGUUUCGAUGACGGGGGCCUUAAAGCGGUGCGGCUACACUUCGAAGAGAAACCGUACUUUGAUCAGCGGUUCGAUGCGCUCGGUACGCUCACCUUCCAACACGUGGACUUCUACGACGAGGACACACUGUCGCUGCUAUUACGCGCUCAAGUGCCGAACGACGAACGGACAACGAAUUGCUACUUGCUGCAGCUGAACCUUGGUGCCGUUAGGGAGUUUUUAGCGUCGAUGGAGACGCGAGGAUACAUGCAAACGGUGACGGAGGAUGCAGCGGGCUGUCCGGCGAUCAAUGUGUACACGCUCAUCGACGAAAGUUCGCUCAAGUUGCUCGAGAGUGGCGAUGGUCAUAAAAUUGCCGUCUCGGGCAAGCGCAACGUGAUUGCUUUGCUGUCGGAAUCGCUGAAAAAUGUGCGCAUUUACGAUAUGGAUGGGCAGGACGAGGAGGACGACUUGCUGGAUACAUCGUCGCAGAUUAACAGCAGCCUGGAGAACAGUCAGGAAUCGGUUCAAACGUGAACUUGCUAUACGAGAAAAAGGGAAAUAAAUCGGCUUGCGAACAUUUCGCAACCUCCUUUCAUAAAAA